CCAUCCAGCGUAGAUGGGAACUACGAUGUCAGACCUUUUGUGCCUUGCAUGCCUCUGUGGGAUCAAAGGAUAUCCGCGCCAUUCGACCUCCAGCAUCCGACUGUGUACUAACUGUUUCUGUCACCCUUGCAGCAGCCUCAUAAUUCCGCUAAUUGAUGCACAAAGACGGAAGCGUAAGUAGGUGCCUCUACUGCUUGUCAACUGCUCUGUCAACCUGGCUCUACUCUCCAUGGACCUCUCCGUCAUUCGGUCACAACUCUUUGCAAACUGUUGUCGACAGGCCCGCUCUCUCUGUCGACCUUUUCUGUCAAUUUGCCUUCCCUCACUGUCAGCUUUCAAGCCCAUCCAUGCAUGCUUCAUCUAUUGUACCAUGUCAUUCUGUUUUAUGCCAGCUUCGUCUUCAACCUCAGUCCUGUCAAUGUUUCACCGUUCGUCUUCGUCUAUUGUACCAUGUCGUUCUGUUUUAUGCCAGCUUCUUCCUCAAUCUCAUCCCCUGUUAAUGUUUUCACUGUUCGUCUGUCACUUCUUUCACUUGUUCUAAUAUAUGGCCUUUUUGGGUGCCACACUCACGCUGUGCUUCUCCUACGGUGCUCAGUGUGUUCUUAGUGUAAGCGAAUAUAUAUCAUAGCGCUCUGCCAACUUCAAAAGGUCAUCGACCACAAUGUGAUGUCCAC